AAAAAAAAUUCAAUAAAUACAGUGAAAAUAAAUAGAACCCAUAUUGAUGAUGUAGAUUUAUACCAAAAUAGAGGUUUGAUAAUUCAAGUAGGAAUCUUGGAAAAGGGUAAUGUUAUCUUGAGAAGUUAAAUAAGAGAAACGGACUAAAAAUGCACAUUUUUGCUGCUUGCACAUGAAGUUUAGCACCUCUGCUCUUCCCAUCCCUCUCCUCUACUUUUUUCCUUCUUUUUUACCGUCCAACUAAGAAUCCCACUAUUUUCUCUCCGAUCAUUAUCAUCAAAUUCAAUCCCUUUAUCAAGCUUUCAACAUGUGAACACAAAAUUAACCUUUCUUAGUUUCUCCAACUUGCAAUUUCCUCUGUAUACAAACAAUUCCCUCCAUCCAAAAAGUCCUUCACAAACUUGCACCAGCCCAAUGAGCUUUCCCUUCAGUACUAUUUCCAUCAAAUUCUUACUAAUUAGCUACCAUUUUUAGUGCUUUUUUUUUUUUUUUUGUUGGAAAGAUAGAAAUGGGUACUGUGAGGAAACUCAUUGUAGAGGUAAUUGAGGCACGUAAUCUUUCACCCAAAGAUGGACAUGGGACGUCUAGUCCUUACGCAAUUUUCGAUUUUUACGGUCAGAGAAAGAAGACCAGGACUGUGAUUCGUGACCUGAAUCCUGUAUGGAACGAGACACUCGAGUUCAACGUUGGUAAACCAUCGGACGUGUUCGGUGACAUGCUGGAACUCGAUGUUUUUCACGACAGAAACAUCGGACCCACGACCCGGAAUAAUUUCUUGGGCAGGGUACGAUUGAGUUCGCGGCAGUUCGUGAAGAAAGGUGAGGAGGCAUUGAUUUAUUAUCCCUUGGAGAAGAAGAAUUUCUUGAGUUGGAUUCAGGGUGAGAUUGGCUUGAAGAUUUAUUUUGUCGAUGAAGUCGUACCGCCGCCAGCACCACCCCCCCCUCCGACUCCACCGCCUGAGGAGGCCAAGUCUGAGCCUACAGAAUCAGCUGCACCACCUGCUUCUUCUGAUCCACCACCAGGGCCACCUGAAGGGAAUAAACCGGCGACUGAAAAGCCAGACGGAGCAGAACCCAGUAAAGAUAUUCCUCCUCCAGCAGAAGAGGCUAUCAAAACAAAAGAAGAAGAAGAAAAGCCACCAGCUCCGCCAGCAGAAGCCGCAUCACCACCACCGGAAAAAGAUGCUGCUAAUGAGAAACACGAAGAAACAGAAUCUGAUUUGCCGGAAUCUCCAGAAGAAGGAAGCAAUCCGGUGGAGCUAAAUCCACCAGUACAAAUGGAUCACAUGAUGGCAUCAAUGGCGUCAGGAUCCAUACCCGAUAUCAAAGUCAAUCACAUCAGCGGUCCGCGGCCCAUAAGCCGUGUCUCAUCUGUGAGCAGCUUCAUGUCGGAUGUUUCAGACAGAAGCACAAUCGAACGGUCCAACUUCGAUCUCGUCGAGAAAAUGCAUUAUCUGUUCGUCCGGGUGGUCAAGGCCCGAUCUCUUCCAACAGCGGGUCGACCCGUCGUGAAGAUCCUGGUUUCCGGCAGCCACGUCAUCUCGAAACCCGCCCGGAAAACGACGGUGUUCGAGUGGGACCAGACGUUUGCUUUCAGCCGCGACGCACCGGAUUCGUCUUCCAUCUUGGAGAUCUCCGUGUGGGACCCAAUGCACGCCAUGUCACUCGGCGGAGAAUCCGACGUGGCGGGGCAUAACUUCAUGGGUGGGAUUUGCUUUGACGUGAGUGAGAUCCCACUCAGGGAUCCACCUGACAGUCCCUUGGCCCCACAGUGGUACAGGCUGGAAGGAGGUGGGGCUCACAAGGGGGAUCUCAUGCUUGCCACGUGGAUAGGAACGCAGGCUGAUGAAUCAUUCCCUGAAGCCUGGAAAACAGAGACCGCCGGCAAUCCGAAUUCCAAAUCAAAGGUUUACCAAUCGCCUAAAUUGUGGUAUCUCCGAGCAACAAUUCUCGAAGCUCAAGACAUUUUUCCAUUGACACCUUCUUCAAGAGAAUCAUCAUUUACCAUCAAAGCUCAAUUGGGUUUUCAAGUACAAAAAACUAAAUCCGCCGUUUCAACCAACGGAUCUCCGUCGUGGAAUGAAGAUUUAAUGUUUGUAGCGGCGGAGCCGUUUACAGAGCAUUCUCUUAUGUUCUUCCUAAUCGAAACCCGGCCGCGGAAAGAACAAGUUAUGCUCGGAGUUGCUAGCAUUCCCCUGACUUCCAUUGAGCGGCGGGUGGAUGACCGGAAUGUUGUUUCCAGAUGGUACACAUUUGAAGACGGAAAAGAGAUCAAGAGAAUUUACAAAGGGAGGAUCCACUUGAAGUUGUGCUUUGAUGGUGGAUAUCAUGUUAUGGAUGAAGCCGCCCAUUUAUGCAGUGAUUAUCGUCCAACAGCCCGGCAGCUUUGGAAGCCGCCGAUUGGGGUGGUGGAAUUGGGAAUCAUUGGGUGCAAGAAUUUACUUCCGAUGAAAACAAUUAGCGGGAAGGGAUCAACGGAUGCAUAUGCUGUGGCGAAAUAUGGUACUAAAUGGGUCCGAACCCGGACGAUUUCUGAUUGUUUGGACCCGAAAUGGAAUGAGCAGUAUACUUUCAGAGUCUAUGAUCCAUCAACGGUGUUGACUGUUGGAGUGUUUGAUAGCUGGGAAGUACUUGAAUCGGCCGACGGUUCGAAAGAGUCAGUGCGUCCUGAUUUCCGAAUUGGGAAAGUCAGGAUUCGUAUUUCUACCUUGGCCACUUCCAGGGUGUAUAGAAAUACGUUUCCCCUGUUUUUGUUGUCUAAUUCAGGGCUGAAGAAAAUGGGGGAGAUUGAAUUGGCGGUGAGGUUUGCCCGAUCCACUCCCACGUUGGAUUUCUUGCAUGUUUAUUGGCAGCCAUUGUUGCCGGCGAUGCACCAUAUCAAGCCGCUUGGGAUGGUCCAACAGGAAGUUUUGCGGACGACGGCGGUGAAGAUGGUGGCGGCUCAUUUAUCGCGGUCCGAGCCCCCGCUUCGCCGGGAGGUUGUGACUUAUAUGCUUGAUGCCGAUUCACACGCGUUCAGCAUGAGGAAAGUACGUGCCAACUGGUUCAGGAUCAUCAAUGUGGUUGCCGGAGUGAUUGACGUGGUGAAGUGGUUGGACGACACGCGUUCCUGGAAGAACCCGACGGCUACCCUUCUGGUGCACGCGCUGCUGGUGAUGCUGGUCUGGUUCCCUGACUUGAUCAUCCCAACUCUGGCCUUCUACGUGUUCGUCGUCGGCGCGUGGAACUACCGGUUCCGGUCCCGGGAAUCGCUGCCGCAUUUUGAUCCGAAAAUCUCGCUGGCGGAAUCCAUCGACCGGGAUGAGGCCGACGAGGAGUUCGACGGGAUGCCGUGCACCAGGGCGAACGAGGUGGUGAGAGCCAGGUAUGAUAAAUUGAGGAUGCUGGGUGCACGUGUCCAGACGAUAUUGGGUGAUUUUGCCGCGCAAGGGGAGCGAGUCCAAGCUCUGGUGACGUGGAGGGACCCACGUGCGACCGGAAUGUUUGUCGGGUUGUGCUUGGUGGUGGCGGUCAUACUGUGUUUGGUGCCGUCGAAGAUGAUUGCUAUGGCGUUUGGGUUUUAUUACCUCCGGCAUCCAAUUUUCAGGGACAGGAUGCCGUCGCCGGUGCUCAACUUCUUCAGAAGACUGCCUUCUCUCACGGACCGAAUGUUAUAAAUAGGCUUUCAGCUAUUGUGGUCUUGUGCUUCUUCACGUUUGAUAAGAGCGGUGUUUUCACCCCAGUGAGAAACAUCCCAUAUUUUGUUGAUAAAAUGCGAUUUCUUUCUACGAAAAUGAAAAGAAAAUGUAAGGAAGGAACAAGAGUUCAAUUAAUAACAAAUCCAUCACAAACCUUUCUUAUUGGUUUAUUCGGGGUCUCGAAUUAAACCAAACUUUUUGUGGUGAUAGGAAUGCA